CCCCACCCCUCCCUUUCCCAACACACACAUACACGCACAGUAGCCUCGCAGCCUCCGCAGCCGAGGCCGGUCCUGGCUUUGUAGCUCGCUCAAGAUGGCGGCGCAGCCACCCAGCGGGAUCCGCCUCAGCGCGCUUUGCCCGAAGUUUUUACAUACAAAUUCUACUAGUCAUACUUGGCCAUUCAGUGCAGUUGCUGAAUUAAUAGAUAAUGCUUAUGAUCCUGAUGUGAAUGCUAAACAGAUAUGGAUUGACAAGACAGUGAUAAGUGAGCGAAUCUGCUUGACAUUCACUGAUAAUGGGAAUGGCAUGACAACAGAUAAGUUGCAUAAAAUGCUGAGCUUUGGCUUCAGUGAUAAAGUCACCGUGAACGGUCAUGUCCCAGUUGGAUUAUAUGGGAAUGGCUUCAAGUCAGGGUCUAUGCGUUUGGGUAAAGAUGCAAUUGUUUUUACCAAGAAUGGAGAAACCAUGAGUGUGGGCUUCUUGUCACAGACCUAUUUGGAAGUCAUAAAGGCAGAGCAUGUUCUUGUCCCGAUAGUGGCAUUUAACAGGCACCGACAGAUGAUUAAUUUAACAGAAUCAAAAGCAAGCCUUGCUGCAAUUCUGGAACAUUCUCUGUUUUCCACGGAACAGAAAUUGCUGGCAGAACUUGAUGCUAUCAUGGGUAAGAAGGGGACAAGGAUCAUCAUUUGGAAUCUUAGAAGCUACAAAAAUGCAACAGAGUUUGACUUUGAUAAGGAUAAAUAUGACAUCAGGAUUCCUGAGGAUUUAGAUGAGAUUGCGGGGAAGAAAGGGUACAAGAAACAAGAAAGGAUGGACCAAAUUGCCCCUGAGAGUGACUAUUCCUUGAGGGCGUACUGCAGCAUAUUAUACCUAAAGCCAAGAAUGCAGAUCAUUCUACGUGGACAGAAAGUGAAGACCCAGCUUGUGUCGAAGAGUCUUGCCUACAUCGAACGCGAUGUUUACCGACCAAAAUUUCUAACUAAAACUGUACGAAUUACUUUUGGAUUCAACUGUAGAAAUAAGGAUCAUUAUGGAAUAAUGAUGUAUCACAGAAAUAGACUCAUCAAAGCAUAUGAAAAAGUUGGAUGUCAGUUAAAGGCAAACAACAUGGGUGUUGGAGUUGUGGGAAUUAUAGAGUGUAAUUUCCUUAAGCCAACUCAUAACAAACAAGAUUUUGACUACACUAAUGAGUACAGGCUUACAAUAACUGCACUAGGAGAUAAACUGAAUGAUUAUUGGAAUGAAAUGAAGGUGAAAAAAAAUGCAGAAUAUCCUAUGAAUUUGCCAGUUGAAGACAUACAGAAGCGUCCUGAUCAGACAUGGGUUCAGUGUGAUUCUUGUCUAAAGUGGCGAAAAUUACCUGAUGGGAUAGAUCAACUUCCAGAAAAAUGGUAUUGCUCCAAUAACCCUGACCCACAGUUCAGAAAUUGUGAAGUUCCAGAAGAGCCUGAAGAUGAGGAUCUAGUGCACCCCACUUACGAGAAGACCUACAAGAAGAACAACAGGGAGAGAUUAAGGAUCCGACAACCAGAAGUGAUCCCUCGGAUUAAUCAUGAAGUGUUGUUUCGGACAAACCCUGUUUCAAGUCAGCGCUUUCCUCCAAUGAAGGAAAUUGUUCCAAGAACGCAUCUUUCACCACCAACAAGUUCCUUUACACCAAGGCUUGUGAAUAAUCAUCGAGGUUCACCCCAAUCUGAACCUGAGAACAGCCUGAAACGGAGAUUUCCUCCUUGUUCAUCAAUUUUGAAUGCAAAGACUCCCAGAGUAAGUAAUCCAGUAUUUGAAAAAUCAUCCUUGAAGGAUGAUGAUGAUGAAGACGUCAUCAUCUUGGAAGAAAACAGUACUCCCAAACCUGUAGUGGAUCAUGACGUGAAAUCAGAACAGAGUCUCGUGGAACAGAGCAGCAUUCAGGUUGAACUUGUGGGUGACACUGAACCUUGUGGCCUCACUGGUUCCACAAGCACUCUGUCAUCUAGUUGUGAUCAGGGUACUACUAUAGCCACACAGACAGACGCACCAAGUUUAAUUGUUAAAAAGGAAGAAACUGUUGAAGAUGAAAUAGGUACAGGAAAUGACAUAGUGAUGCUUCCUUCCUGUGUGGAAGCUGAAGCAAAGGUCCAGGAAACCCAGGAGUCCUUGGAUAAGUCUGCAGGCAGUGCUGACGGUCAGUUGCAAGAACUGAGGAGUGAGCUGCUUCUGGUCACACAAGAGAAAGAUAAUUACAAGAGACAGUGUGACGUGUUCGCUGACCAAAUCAAAGCACUGCAGCAAAGGAUACUGGAACUGAAUGACAAAUACGUGAAGAAGGAGACUUGCCACCAGUCUACCGAAACUGAUGCUGUGUUUUUACUUGAGAGCAUUAAUGGCAAGUCUGAAAGCCCAGACCAUAUGGUAUCUCAGUACCAGCAAGCUUUGGAAGAGAUAGAACGGCUGAAAAAACAAUGCAGUGAUCUGCAACACGUGAAGGCUGAAUGCAGCCGGUGUUGUAACAGUGAGAACAAAAACGAAAUGGAUGACAUGGCUGUGCAGCUUGAUGAUGUGUUCCGAAGACUGGACAAGUGCAUUGUGGAAAGGGACCGAUAUAAAAAUGAGGUUGAAUUAUUGGAAGUGGAAAAAUCACAAAUUCGAUCUCAGUGUGAAGAAUUUAAAACUGAAAUUGAGCAACUGAAAUCCACAAGUCAGCAGAGAGGAACUGAUGUUUCAACUUCAAGUAACAUUGAGGAGUCUGUAAAUUUCAUGGAUGGGGAAAGCCUCAAACUUCGAUCUCUUCGAGUGAAUGUAGGACAGCUGCUUGCCAUGAUCGUGCCUGAUCUAGAUCUUCAGCAAGUCAAUUACGAUGUUGACGUCGUGGAUGAGAUUUUAGGACAGGUUGUUGAACAAAUGAGUGAAAUCAGUAGUACCUAAAGUAUGUUUCAUGUGAAAUAAUAAAAGUAUUUGCCCAGUUCUGGUUGUACAGCUUUCAAAAUGCAAGCAGUUUCAUAUAGGUGUGGCAGGUAAGAGACUGCAGAACCUUAUCUUUACUCUAUGCAUUCAAGUGUCACAAUUACUGUGCACACAGAACUUUUGGAAUACCUGUGAAUUGUUGGUAUCAGCAGCUGAAUAGCUAACUUAUCUGUUUCGAAUGUAAAUAUUUGUAAUUAAGCCCACACAUAUUUUUUUAUUGCCCCAGAGACUUUGGUGUUUUUCACCAAGAGCUUUUCAGGUGGUUCUUAUGGUUUGUGCAAUUUUUCUGGUUCCCUAAAAUGUAUUUUUCUUGAAAUUGAGGGCUGUGGCACAAUACAAGUGGAGUUGUUCCUGCCUUUGACUUCUAAGUGAGCUGAGGAAGGUUUUAAUAACAGCACCUCCAGUAGUCUGGUUCUAAGGGGCUCGAGCAUUUGAACAUUGGCUCUUCUCUCUACUGACUCCUAGCCUGAGAACUGUGUUCGUGAGAGUAAGGGAGGCCAAAGCUGGCUCCAUUUUUGCUGGGUUUUUCACAUACUGAGAUUGCCAGUCGUUAUUAAACACAAAGUGUUUUACAGGGCAAAGAAAUGGUCUUUUAAAGUAUUAAAAAUGUUGAAUGACAACCAUGUUUACUUUGAAGCCCAUUUUUUGGCUGUUUAUUCAGCAUGAAGUGGGUACAAUAAUUAUUUAAUAUUUCUUUUUGUGAAAUUUCCUGUACAGCCUUUUGUAGGAUUACUGCAGGUUAAUGUGAGUUGAGGAAGACUGUCUUCCUCAAACAAAACUGCAUACCUUUUAUUAAAUUGCAAAUAUGUUUUAUAUCCUGGGGUUAAGGAACAAACUGGCCUAGGUAGUGUUACAUGCCAUAAGAUAUGCUUGUAUUGGUCUUAUGUUUUGUGCAAUCUUAAAGAGAUGGCUUUCUAUUAAGUAUAAAACUGUAUAUAAUUAAGAAUCGUAUUUUCCACAACUAAAAUGUAUGUUAUUUUUUUCCAAAGUUUUAUCAUUACUAUUUAUUUUUGCUUUUGUUUCUGAAAACUCAGUACAUGUUCAUUUUGUAUGUUUAAUUACACAUCUGUCUUAUACGAUACUGAAUUUUUACCGUCUGGAAAGAGCAAAUAAAUGAAAUUUGUUUUUAUUUGCUUGAUAAAAGUAAUUGAAAGUGUAUUUUUGGUAUGAAGCUGAUUUUCUGUCACAAUUGUAACACCCAAAAUUUAAAAUACCUUGUAAUAAAAAUAUAUGAUGGCUAACUUCA